GGUGUUGACUUCCUUUCUUGUCGUUGUGUUCUAAUAUGGCUUAAAACCUGUUGUAUUUUGUCUAUUUACAUAGUUUUAUUAUUGUCUCUGACAUAUUUUUCCAGGUAAAUUGACAAAAUCUAAGGUAUUUGUAAAUAUAAUAAUAAAGCUAAUAGUUGGCUGGCCUUUUUUUGAACAGCUUCUUUAGCCAGCCUGCUAACAGCGAAUUUGCCAGCAACAAAAUGGCGACUAAUGCGACACCGCAGCCUCCGACGGCCAACUGGCCAUAUGGAGGCAGCACUGCAACAGAAGCGCCAGUUCAUGAAAACCCUGAGUGGGAGAAAGCGAGACAGGCUCUAGCCUCCAUCAGCAAGAGCCAGGGCUCUACUAAGACAUCUGCAAAUAACCACACCAACACACAGGCUGGACAGUAUCAAGCAGCAGUGACUGACACAUCUGCAAUGCAGCAGCAGCAGCAACAACCAUACUAUCAGUGGUACCCACAGAACCAACAAUAUGCAGGAUACCCUUACCCAUACAACUACUACUACCCAGUGCCUCCGUAUGGAGGACCAUAUCCCUCUAGUCAGUAUGGCGUUCCAGGAGCCUACCAGCAACCGACAACUCCCACUGCACAGCACAAUGGCAUGGCUGGAUUGAAGGAGCAGUCUUCUGGUUACCCAUGUGAAGCACAGGCUCUGCCGCCUGAUGUCCCCCAGCCUCCCCCACAAAGUCCCACAGGCGCAGAGCAGCAGCCGCCUCCUCCUCCUCCCCCUCCCAUACCACCCCCACCCAACUCUCAGUACCCUCCUUCCCCAACUACUUACAACCCUAAUGGAGCGCUGCCUUAUAGCCCUACUGACUCAAGUCCUGUGAGGACUUACGGUUAUGGGCAGACUAGAACAGGUUACCAGAGCUUCCAGGCUCCAAGCUACCAAACAUCCCAGCAGCAGGGGACAGCACCAGGCCCAUACAGUCUGGGGGAUACCAGCAAGAAAGGCAAUAAUGCAAAUGUGAACAAAGGUGGGCAGCAGAUGUGGAACCGCAUGAAACAGGCUCCUGGAGCUGGAGGUGUGAAGUUUAACAUCCAGAAACGCCCGUAUGUAAUGUCCAAUCAGAGUUUUGGAGCUGUGGAGCAGGCAAAUGGAUUGUCUGCUUCCAACACAACCACUUCAACAUCUACUGUUUCUUCAGCAGCAACAGCUACCACUGCAGCAGGUUCUCAAACUGGGCCUCAGGACUGGCCCCAGGCCAUGAAGGAAUACGUGCAACGUUGCUUCACAGCUUGUGAGACAGAAGAAGACAAAGACAGGACAGAAAAGGUGCUAAAGGAAAUUCUACAGAGCAGACUGCAGGAUGGCUCAGCCUUCAAAAUCGACUGGACUAGAGAACCUCUGCCAGAGGUGAAACCUCGGCAGUCCCGCUGGGAAGCGGCACCUCCGCGCUCUCAAGAAAACACUAUUGGCCGAGGGGGAGCCACUCGAGGUCGAGGUGGGGCUCGGUUGGGCAACUAUAGAAAUGUUUUCUCUCAAAGGAGUCCCUCCUCCAGCUCAUCACGUUCCUCUUCACGUUCACCGUCUCCUCAUAACCGUUACAGAGACAAAAGCAGACAUCGCCGCAGUGACUCUGGCUCCCAGUCUGACAGCAGCAUGUCCGGUGACUUCCGACCGCUCUCCCGACGGCAGCGGGCUGGAAGAGGUCGUGGGGAAGAGAGGGAAAAAGGGAGAGGAGUAGAAAGAGGCAGGGGAAGAGGAGGAAAGGCGAAUCGAGGGCGAAGGAAUGACGAUCUGGUUGGUGUCUUCGGUAAAAAGCGGAAGGGUGGAACAGCAGGCCUGGACUUCCAUGACCCAAACCACGAGGCCAAGAAGCAGAGCCGAGCAGCACGAUUCCACACCAAGCGCACUGAGCCACUGGUACUGAACAUCAAUGCCAUUGAGCUCCCAAAUGCCUCUCAGGAGGGCCUGAGCUGGGACGAUUGCCCCAUUGUGGGUACCUGCCAGGACAUCACCAAAAACUAUCUGCGUCUGACCUGUGCCCCUGAUCCUGUCACCGUGCGACCUGUGCCUGUGUUGCGCAAGUCCUUGACUGCAGUAAAGGCUCACUGGAAGGCCAAUCAGGAUUACCCAUAUGCCUGUGAACAGAUGAAGUCAAUACGACAAGACCUCACUGUUCAAGGGGUACGAACAGACUUCACAGUGGAGGUCUAUGAAACCCAUGCACGUAUCGCCCUGGAGAAGGGUGAUCAUGAGGAGUUCAACCAGUGCCAGACACAGCUGAAGGAACUCUACAAGAAGUGUCCGUCAAGCAACGUCGGCGAAUUCACGGCCUACAGACUUCUCUACUAUAUAUUCACUAAGAACUCUGGAGACUUAACUACCGAGUUGGUCUAUCUGACCCCCGAGCUCCGUCAGGAUGAAUGCGUGUCUCACGCUCUUGCGCUCCGUGCUGCCUGGGCCCUUGGAAACUACCAUCGUUUUUUCCUGUUGUACAAGAGAGCACCGCGUAUGGCAGCGUACCUCAUUGAUAAGUUUGUGGAGCGUGAGAGGAAGUUAGCACUGAGGGCUAUUCUCAAAACGUUCAGGCCCUCUGUGCCGGUGGAGUAUGUAGAGUCCAGUCUGGCCUUCCCUUGUUUAGAUACAUGUUUGAACUUCCUGACGGGACUCGGAGUUACAUUUGUUCAGUCAGAUCCUAGCAAGAUAGAUUGCAAAGCCAGCUCAGCUUGUCUCGCCACUUAGUAAAGUCCAAGGGAGGGGUGGGAUUAUUUAAAGACGAUAGGAGUGACGAGGGACCAGAUAUCUGCAUAACACAGCCAGCUUAUCUCAGCUUAGAGAGAUGACAAUAUACAACAUUGAUUACACUUAUUACUCUUAUAGAGUGACAUACGUACAGAAAUGGACUGUAAAGACGUGCAUUUAAUGACUUAGUGACUAACUGAUCUGCCUGUACUUGAAACCUCAGAGUAUUAACACUGAGAGAGAAGCUGCAUAUACGACACACAUCGACACAGUAAUCAGAGAUAGAUCAAGUGCACUAAAACAUCAGCUCUGUAGUUCAUCUUCCACUGUCUGGCAGAGAGGUAUAGAUAGUUUGAGAAGUUUCUGGGGUCCCCCAUUUCCCAGAGCUCGCAGAUCGUUUUGAAGCUAAUGGUGUUCUGUGUUCUCAUGUUUUUCUUCCCUCAAGCCAACAGCCUCAAUGCUCAUAAGAAGAGAAUGUCCUGAAAACCAAAGCUGUGAAGACAAAAGGCUGAUUUAUGAAACGACUUCAUCUCGGGACAAAGACGGCUGCCGCACGUUCUCUGAUCCAGACUGUUUCCCGAAUUUGUCAUUUUCAGUGGACUUUGCCUUGCACUGAUGACGGGUGCCGGUCCGGUGAGAAGAUGGUUUGUAUGGGCCCCCUGUGUGGUGCCGAUUAUGAGAGCAGCAGAAUUGCUCCAUUAGCAACAGGGCGGCAAUAUCCUGAGUCUUUCAUCCCAGGUACGGACUUGCAAAAAUGGCUCAUUCGGCUUGUCAAGAUACAAGUCUGUGCAGUCCUUCUCCAUCGUCUCCUAACCUGUCCAUCGAGUUCACCGGUUUGUGUCAGCAUCUGGAGAGCAUAGCUCACUGAAACGGCCGCAGCAAGGCAAAGACUCGGUUAAAGGAGAUGCAGAUCUGCAACAGAAUCUAGGACCACGGUAAUUCUGCAGAAGUUCACAGCCGGAGUCUGUGUAGGGCCCAAAUCAACAGCAGGUGUUCCACGAAGAGCAAGACCACCCGUCGGAGAGAAUCCAGAGCGCGUCACACGACCAUGGCAGCACAAGGAAAGUGCAGCCGUGAUCAGUUCAGCCGGAUGACCUCCUAUUCGGAGCUUUCUUCUCCUGUCUGUGUAGGAGCUGAAAGCAUAUGGGUUUGUAUCUGUCCCGAGUGCGUGAUUGUGUGGUAAGAAGGAGGGACUUGAAUGAGAAAUGUCGAUCCAGCAGCAGAUACCAUGAUCUGUUUCAGAUGCCAUAAAGUGAAACAUGCUGUCAUGAGUACGCUCCGAUCCACCUGACGAAUUUAGCAAGAGUAAAUGUUCAAGGUUUCUAUGCAGGAUUUGGGAUGAUCGUAAGCUAAAUGAAAAAAUGUCGCCGUUUUGAAAGGAAUCUUGACGCAGGGUUGCGUUGUACACAAUCGCCUAUUUAGAAUAUCGAUCAGGGGGGUUGACGGUGUCGCCUGCCUGUGGGUUUUCUCUUUUUGUAGCCCAAAACUCUUGGCCCAGCUUGCUGUGUUGGAGCAUAGAGCAGACCUUGGUGUGUUUUAGUGGUGUUACCGAGCAGAGAUGUUCUUCAUUGGUGUAUCUUUCAGUUAUCUUCAGGUGAAGCACUCGCACGUGUGGAAGUGUAAAUAUUGUACAGAGCGCCUUUUAUUUGAACUUUUUGCCCUGGGAUUAAAUAGGUGAAAUUUCCUGUUUUACAAUGGUAAGUGUUAUUCAGACAGAAUAUUUAAAAGGAAGCUCCUCCCCCCUCCCCCUUUAAA